ACAGACAUGGAGCUGAGAAAGAUGACCGGGUCAUGUUCAAUCUUCUCCAAAGUCUGGGAUACCAGGUGGUACGUUAUAAUAACUUGACUGGAAAGCAGAUUGACGAUGCUCUUACUCAGUUCUCGCAGCAUAAAAAGCUCACCCAGACAGACAGUGUGUUUGUGACCAUUAUGUCUCAUGGAGACAUGGGAAUUAUCUCUGGCACUGACAGUAAGGCGUUUAAAACUGAGGAAAUUUUUCAGCACUUAAACGCAAAGAACUGUCCAGCACUGGUGAACAAACCGAAGAUCAUCAUCAUUCAGGCCUGCAGAGGAGCUGAGAGAGGAUCGGUGGAUUUACCUCUCCAACAGCCUGUGCACACAGAUAAUAUCAGAGCUCUAUCAGAAAACUUUACCAGAGCUGUCAGAGUUCACAUCGAAAAGGACUUCAUCUGUUUUCAUUCCAGCACUCCUCACACAGUUUCAUACAGAUCAACAUCAGAUGGUUCUUUUUUUAUCCAAACACUCGCUGAUGUGUUCAACAAAUGGAGCCACGAGUAUGACAUUGAAGAACUGUUCAGAAAAGUCAUGCAGCACUUUGAAUCUUCCUCCUCUGACUACCUGCAGAUGCCAACAAAGGAGAGAAACACUCUGACAAAGCGCUUCUACCUGUUUCCAGGAUGA